AUGCCUCGUAUAAGGAAAACGACCAGCAAUCGAAGUUCGACUAAUGACCGUCGAAAACUUCAGACCAAGGUUAGGGAGAGCAAGAAGAAGAAGGCCAAGGCUGCGGAAAAGAAUCCUCAGUGGAAAUCAAAACAAAAAAAGGACCCUGGCAUCCCGAAUGAGUUUCCAUACAAGGAUCAAAUAUUAGCUGAAGUGCAGGAGCAGCGUCGGCUGGCUCUGGAGGAGAAACAACAACGAAAAGAUGCCAAGAAAGCCAAACCUGCAACUGAGGAAGGCGAUCCUAAAGGGUUCGACCCCGUCGCCAGCAUCGCUGCAAAACAUCUAGUGAAUGCGAAGAUCGCCAAAAUGCCAGCCUCCCCUCGACAAACUGAAGAGGCCGAGGAUGAUGAUGAAGAAGUACCGGUACUCGUCAACAGGGACCUUCCAACCUUAAAAUCAGUGCUGGACCACGCCGAUGUGCUGUUAGAGGUCCUGGAUUGCAGGGAUCCGUUGGCGUUCCGAAGCUCUGAGCUCGAAAAGCUUGCACCGUCAGGACGGGUGGUGUUUCUGCUGAAUAAAAUUGAUACUUGCCCGAAAGAAGCCGUUGCUGCGUGGGUCACACAACUGCGCUUUCAGCAAGCUACGAUACUCUUUCGUUCAGCUUCGGCGUUCAUUCCAGACGAAGUACAGUGUCAUAAGCAAGAGAAGGGGAAGGGAAAGCUGUCGGCUGACAAUGCUAUUGGUGUCGAUGCGCUGUUGAAAACACUGCUUCCCUGGGCAAAAAGCAAGAGUGACGAUGAACCGCUGGUUGUUGCAGUGGCUGGAUUCACAAAUACUGGAAAAAGCUCAGUGAUCAACUCCGUAGCCAAAAAAGCUGUCCUGCCUACGUAUACCCUUGCGACUUCUUCCCGAGGCCCCACGACGACAGUGCUUCCUCAGGAGAUCACUAUUGAGGAAGGGGGAAAGAAGAUCAAGUUCGUUGAUACACCUGGCCUGCUGUGGGCAGACAGCGAGCUCACUGAGGAGUCCCGGACCCGAGACAUAUUGAUGCGAAAUAAGGGAAGGAUUGAUCGUUUGAAAGAACCAAUACCUGCAGUGGUACACAUCGUGUCGCGGGCCAAUAACGAGGACUUAAUGCUACACUAUAGUUUGCCAGCAUUUUCCAAAGGCGACGUAGAUGCAUUCCUCCCCGGCUUGGCGCGGUCACAUCAGUUCGUGAAGAAGCGGGGAAAAUUAGAUCUCGUGGGAGCGUCGCGUAUUAUUCUGCGUGAAUGGAACUUGGGAAAGCUGCGGUGGUACACAAUGCCGGCUUCGAAGGAACAACCGGUGGAUUCAGAAACCGAUAAGGGCGUUCUCACUGCCUUACCAACUCGUCGAGAACUACGUAAACAUGGAGGGCUGUUAAAGCUUAGCCCUGGUGUUAUUGAUACCCGUCUGCCUUCAUUCGAGGAGCCUUAUUUGGUGGACAGUGAAGGCGGAGAAGAAGACGACGACACCACGGUGAGCGAUGAGGAAGACGAAGAGGAGGAAUACCAAGAUACCAAGAUGAGCGAGGAGGAAGAGGAGGAGGAAGAAGAGGAGCCACCAUCUCCCCCCUUGUCCAGCAAGCAAAAACGUAAGCGAGGAAAGGAAGAUCCUCUUCCCCCUAGCAAAAAGCUCGCAUUCUCAGGGACCGAGGAAGACACUGACCACAAACGACAGGAUAAGGUUACGGCGCCCAAGCCUGAAGAGAAGCUAGGGAGGAAGGUAACCAACAAAGCCCCAAAAUCCAAGCCUGCAAAGACCAAGUCGGACAGUGACGGCACCGAGGCUUACGAUUUUGGCAAAUUCUUUUAG